AUGAAUCGACGUGAAACUUCAUCGCCAUCAAACGCCCCACUAGAUGUGUUUGCGACCCCAACCAAGCCGAAGGUUUCAUCCAGUGGCCUUGUCAUUGUAGGAGCUCGGAUGAGUCGAAAAGAGCGACACCGAUCCAGGGGUAGCAAUUAUCGUCGAGGCCGAACGUCCAGUUUGAGACGAUAUUCUCUAACCGACAUACCUGCCGUUGCUCAUGGCAUCGAUAGCAGCAACGGCAGCGAUGGGAGCUCCACUCAAAAGCUGCAUACGCAAAAGAGCAACUAUGAUAAGAUUCGCGAUGAAAUGAAGCAGUGCCACUCCAUCACGGACAUUGCGGCUCGUCUGCGAACGCCAGCGAAGAAGAAUCUGCCACCAAGGAGCAACUCAGACGGGGGUGCUUCAGGAAAGAAGGCAGCCACAGAUUCGAGCAAACCUGUCCUGAGGAGAACGUCCACCUGGGGCAAUGAAAGCUCGAAUGUAGCGGACUUACCGACACAGCAUCAUCUCUCAUUGCCACCAAUACACACACACCACUUGCAUUGGGCUUGUGGUUGUGGAGCCCUCAUGAGGGACAGGAUGAAAUACUGUGGCAUGUGUGGAACAAAAAAGCACUGGACCUGCAAGUUGUGCAAGUUUGAUGAGAAUUUGGCCGCCUUUGGCUAUUGCGGUGACUGUGGCACGGCCAGAUGUGAAUACCAGUAG